GUUGAGCUGGCAUCGAUCCUCAAAUUUGUGCUGGACAACGAGGAGAGCCUGAAUGAGAAUCUGGAGAUGUUUCUGCAGAGGAAAGCGCCGCUGUCCUCGUCCAGCGCGUCCAGCAGCAGCUCCGAGGAGCACUCCCCGCUGCUCACCCUCCCGCAGAAGCGAGAGGUGCGUUUCCUGGAGCUGCAGAAGAUUGCCUCCUCCUCUGGCGCCAACAACAUGCUCCCCGGCCCUCCGUCCUCGCCCAUGGGGGACGUCAUGCAGACCCCCCAGUUCCAGCUGCGACGGCUGAAGAAGCAGCUGGCUGUUGAGAGAGAGAACCGGGACGAGCUGGAGGUGGAGCUGGCAGAGAAUCGCAAACUCAUCACGGAGAAGGAGGCUCAGAUCACCAUGAUGCAGCAGCGGAUCGACCGCUUGGCUCUGCUCAACGAGAAGCAAGCCGCAGACCAGCUGGAGCCCAAGGAAAUGGAGGAGCUCAGGGAGAAGAACGAGAGCCUGAUGGUGCGCUUGCACGAGGCCCUCAAGCAGUGCCAGGACCUGAAGACUGAGAAAGGUCAGAUGGACCGAAAAAUCAAUCAGCUCUCUGAAGAGAACGGGGAUCUUUCCUUCAAGGUGCGGGAGAUCGCCAGCCACUUGGUCCAGCUGCAGGAAGCCCUGAACGAGCUCUCGGAGGAGCACAACGCGGCCCUGGCGCAGUCGCAGGAAAAGCAGGGGCAGCUGGAGAGCGAGCUGCGUGCUGCCCUGCAGGAGAAG